UCUCAGGAGUAUUUCCUUAUCUACAUUCAAUUUUCUCUUUCUCCUUAGUAUCGAUGUCCCAUUCCGCGUUUUUCUAUGGCACUCUUAUGCAUCCAAAGAUCCUUACCAAGGUCAUCAAGAAUGACGGCUCUCACCUGGAAAUAUGCCCUGCAGUUCUCCUGGAACAUACCCGACACAAAGUCAAGUCGGAAGAAUACCCUGGAGUUAUACCCUUUUCUCAAGGUCAAACAUUCUUCGACAGAGAGCUCACGCAAGAAGAGAAGUGUGUCCGGGGAACUUUGGUGCACGGUCUAACCAAUAUGGAUAUCUUGCUUCUGGAUGUUUUUGAAGGAACGGAAUAUACACGGGAGCCUAUUCCUGUCCACCCGCUUGAAGAUACCAUUAACCUAUCUGAAUACUCUGUCUCAAACGAUGACAAGUAUUUGGUUCCUAAUCUGCCUGCACCUCUACCACCCAUCGAGGAACUGGCGGAGGCUAUCCCAGCUGAGACUUACAUCUACCGAGACACCAAUAACUUGGAUGCAGAACUCUGGUCCUUCGCUGACUUUGUCAGAUUUAAUGCGUGGAAGUGGUACCAGCCAGAAGCAAGCGAAGUAGAUGGCAGGAAUGGGAGAUACCAUGGCUCAGCAAAUGUCGUCACCGAAACGAUAGCUGUGAAAGCAUAGAAGGAUGAAAAAGGUAAUAAUUGAUAUAUAUGUUAGUAUUCGGGGACAAGAAUCGAACGUUAUGUAAAUUGAACCAACGUCCUCCAUUUUGGGGGCGGGUGAAAGUCUUGGAUCUACCGGCUAUUCUGGCCCCGGACCACGUUAUGGGGAUUUUUUUUUUGCUUUUGUUCCUGACCAUCAUGACUCCAUGAACAUUAGGUUCUAGUAGUACCGUUCUACAAGUGAGUAAAUUCUUUUCAUUUUACACUAAUGAUGGGCUUUCGGGCUAGUCGAAAUAGCAUGUUAGACUACCAAUGCAGUAUAUGCACUGUGGAUACCUUUCCUUGACUCUGAAGUCAAUUCCAACGAUGUUGCUCCAUUUACUAAUUCUACGUUUCAUAGGUCUCGCAAUCUACGAUUAUUAAAGUACAAUAUAAACUAUAAAU